UAUUUUUCAGUGUCAUGUAUCUAGUUCAAACAAAAUCCACUAUUGAACCAUGUAACUCCUCAGACUCCUGCCCCUCUCUUCUCUCUUAUCUUUUGCCUUGGGACUCCAAGCUCUCUGAAAUUGCAACUCGCUUCCAUGUAAAUAUUUCUGAUAUCUUGGCUGCAAACUCUGUCUACCCCAUAACACCAUCAUGUGCACAUAGAAUCCUUGGUGCCAAAUCGAUAGUAAAAAUACCAAUUUCAUGUCCUUGUCUGAAUGGUAUCCGAAGGUCUAUGUCAACCAUUUACACUGUUGAGGCAGCUGAUACCCUUGCAUCCAUAUCAGAUGGUUAUGGUGGGCUAGUUGGUGCUGAACAAAUUCAGAUUGUGAAUGGCAUCAAUGCUACAAACCCGUUGACAAAUGGAGGCAGCCUUAUUAUACCAUUGCCAUGCACAUGUUUCAACAAUGUCAACAAUGGGGGAACAGCAAUUUAUAUUUCAUAUGUGGUGCAGAAGGAGGAGAGCUUAGGAAGCAUAGCAACAGUUUUUGGUACUACUAUUUCAGACUUGGAAACUGUAAAUGGUCUUGGCCAAGCUGCAGUAGAUCCAGGAGACAUACUAUCUGUUCCUAUUGCAGCAUGUUCAUCAGCAACUCUAAAUUGGUAUAAUGAAAGUCUGAUUGUACCAAAUGGAUCAUAUACUUUAACUGCCAGCAACUGCAUCAAAUGCACUUGUGCACCAAUAGAUCUCAAGAUGCAAUGUCUUCCUUCUGCACUGGAUAUCCCUUGCUAUAAUUUACGUUGCAAAGGAUCCAAUCUUGUUAUUGGGGAUGAAUAUGUGGAACAUUCCAAGACUGGUUGCAAUGUGAGCCAGUGUGUUUACCGUGGCCAUAGGGGUGGCAAAAUUCUGAGUAGUAUGAUGAACUUUUCUUACCUCCAGUGCCCGGCUAAUCUAAGUAAUAGUGGAGCAUCAUGUUGGCCUUCCCCAUCACCAUAUCCUGCAGAGCCCUUGCCAGUUUCUGUGGCUGCUCCGAGAACUCAUGGCCCUGGUGGAAGGCUUGGUCAAUUUUUAACCAUUGUAUUGCAGUUGUUCUUGCCAAAACUUAUCCUUUAUUUUCUCAUUUGA